AUGCUCUCCUUUUUCACUGCAAUCAUCUUCUUGCUUGUCUUCAUAAACCUUACAUCCGCCGCGCACGCUGGCUUCCAUGUCCAGUUCCCAUGGAUGACCCGCGGUCCAAACCCCAAGACCCGGCCAGAGAUAGAUUGGUACAAUCCUUUCUGCAGUAUUUUUCUGUCCGCCUCCGGUCUAGCAAAAGCAGAAGGGGAGAUAGUGCAUAACCCUCAACGAUACUCCCGUCACUCCCGCAGUUUCCUCUCGUUCUCCGGCCAUCCUGGGGACCUUGUGACUGCCCUCUACAGCCGACAUAGAGUGCCAAGGAAGAGAGAAGAUUUCCCCUACAUCAUCCUGAAGGAUGUACCCAUCCAGCCUUCGGGGCAGCUGUGUGUGAAUGUCACGAUACCAUUUCAGACCGAGGUCGACGAGAUGGGAGUCAUAUACUUCGAGGCGAGGGAUCCCAAAACAGGGAAUGUGGAACACUAUUGCUCCGACGUCAAGAUGGCUGACAUGAAGGCUCUUCCGGAGGACCAUCCGGCUAUGUGUGCGGCUAAUAACGAGACACUUAUCCCGAUGCCGGAUGAGUACCUGUAG